CUCAGACGGUAACUUCUUCUGUUCACAGUAACGUUUUACGGCCCUUCUAGUUUUAUUAUAGAGUGUCAAUUGAUUUAUUGUACCCUAUAUCGAGUUCAUAGUCCAGGCGCAUGCAAAGACUGGCAGACAACCAGCGGAGAAGAUGAACCAUGUCGCAAAACGGACUGUGACGCGUCUGGCGAGGAAUUACCGGUCACAGUCACUACGGCCAAAUCUAUGGCGAUGUUCUUCCACAUUUGCUGAGCGGGAAUGGUCGACUCCCCUGGCUAAGACACUGGCAGAAGCCAUCAAGACCACAGGAUCUAUAUCCAUUGCUGCAUUUAUGCGCCAGGUCUUGACUUCUCCGGAAGGCGGCUACUAUACGACUCGCAGCGGCGGCACCGAGGUAUUCGGCAAGAAAGGCGAUUUUAUUACAUCACCAGAAAUCACACAAGUGUUUGGAGAGCUCGUCGGUAUCUGGACAGUCGCAGAAUGGAUUGCGCAGGGGAGAAAACGCACUGGUGUAGAGCUGAUGGAGGUUGGGCCUGGAAAGGGAACGUUGAUGGAUGACAUUUUGCGGACAAUUGGAAACUUCAAAAGCUUCGCGUCAGCUAUUGAGGCAAUCUACCUGGUCGAGGCAAGUCCUGCGCUGAGAGAGAUUCAGAAACAGCUCCUGUGCGGGGAUGCGCCUAUGGAAGAGACGGAAAUUGGACAUAAGAGCAUAAGCAAACACAUCGGAAAGCCAGUAGUCUGGGUUGAGGAUAUUAGACUACUACCUCAGAACGAGGACAAAACGCCGUUCAUCUUCGCACACGAAUUCUUCGACGCUCUGCCCAUACACGCCUUCCAAUCUGUUGCGCCCUCGCCAGAAAACCAGCCGCAGGAGAUCAUGACACCUACCGGUCCUAUCAAACUGGAUCAACCACAGAAACCCGCAACCACUCCCCAGUGGCGCGAACUCAUGGUGUCGUUAAAUCCUAAAGCAGUCGUGGAAGACAUCAAGGAUGAGCCUGAGUUCAAGCUGACAUUGGCCAAAGCCUCAACACCUUCAUCUUUGGUUAUCCCUGAAAUAUCUGAACGCUACAGAGCUCUCAAGUCACUUCCAGGGUCCACGAUCGAGGUCAGCCCGGAGAGCCGCAUAUAUGCAGCGGAGUUCGCCCGGCGUAUUGGGGGAACGUCCCAGCCUAAAGUCGCGCCUACAACACCUGGUACACGAGCUUCGUCUGCUGUACCUCUGACGCCAGUGAAGCGGAAGCCAUCCGGUGCAGCAUUGAUCAUGGACUACGGAACUUCAGAUACCAUUCCUAUCAACUCGUUGCGUGGAAUCAAGCAGCACCAAAAGGUCCCACCUCUCUCGUCCCCGGGACAAGUGGACGUCAGCGCCGAUGUCGACUUCACAGCACUCGCAGAAGCAGCCAUUGACGCUAGCGAAGGCGUCGAAGUUCACGGGCCGGUUGAACAGGGUGACUUCCUGCUCUCGCUGGGUAUUGCUGAGCGGGCAGAGCAGCUUUUGAAAAACAUCAAGGACGAAGAGCGCAGAAAGAACCUCGAGAGCGGUUGGAAGCGAUUAGUCGAUAAGGGCGGUAAUGGAAUGGGCAAAAUCUACAAGGUUCUGGCUAUCAUCCCAGAGAAUGAGGGCAGGAGAAGACCCGUCGGUUUUGGAGGGGGAAUCAGUCUUUGAGUCUCGUUUUGCCCAUGAUUCCAUAUAGACAUCUGUAUUAUAAUGUAAGAUGCACAUGUAACGAGGUACGCACAGCUGAUGGAGAAAAAUAUAUAUAUAUAAU